AGUCAAUCAGAUCAUGGAGACAAAUCUGUGGCUGAAACAUAUCUGGAAUGAUUACAAACUCAGAUGGAAUCCAAAAGAUUUUGGGGGUGUAGAGUUUAUCCGAGUACCAUCCAGCAGGAUAUGGAAGCCAGACAUCGUGCUGUACAACAAUGCAGUUGGAGAUUUCCAGGUUGAUGACAAAACAAAAGCCUUACUUCGUUACAAUGGUGAUGUUACCUGGAUCCCGCCAGCCAUAUUCAAGAGCUCUUGCAAGAUUGACGUCACUUACUUCCCCUUUGACUACCAGAACUGCACCAUGAAGUUCGGAUCCUGGACAUAUGACAAGGCCAAGAUCGAUCUGGUGCUCAUCGGCUCAACCAUUAACCUCAAGGACUUCUGGGAGACUGGGGAUUGGGUGAUCAUCGACGCCCCUGGUUACAAACAUGACAUUAAGUACAACUGCUGUGAGGAAAUCUACACGGAUAUCACAUACUCUUUGUACAUCCGCCGUCUGCCACUUUUCUACACCAUUAACAUGAUCAUCCCCUGCCUGCUCAUCUCUUUCCUCACCGUGCUUGUCUUCUACCUGCCAUCUGAUUGCGGUGAGAAAGUCACUCUGUGUAUCUCCGUCCUGUUGUCUUUAACUGUUUUCCUCCUCGUCAUAACAGAGACCAUCCCCUCCACCUCACUAGUCAUCCCCCUGAUUGGCGAGUACCUCCUCUUUACCAUGAUCUUUGUCACCCUCUCAAUUGUCAUCACUGUUUUUGUGUUAAACAUCCACUAUCGCACACCAAAGACUCACACUAUGCCCUGUUGGGUGCGGACUGUGUUCCUUGGACUGUUGCCCAGGGUGAUGUUCAUGACUAGGCCAGAGAGAGACCCAGACGAGGUGACAAUGGUUGGCAAUGAUCAGACCACACAUUCAAGACCCUGUGCCAUUCAUUUGUCAGGUACUUUGCAGAAGCAGAACAAACCUCAGGCCCUGGCCUCCAGCAUGGUGUCCAGCCUGACAAACCGUCAACAGCUUUUUAACAACACAGAGCUCUCCUAUCUCAAUAACUUAAGUGCAGACCCAGUCAAAGGUGCAGGUUCUGCGUUCCUAUGCUGUGAGGGCCACUGCAACUGCUGUUGGCACCCACGAUCCAGCAAACUGCCUGCAGAUUCUGGAGGAGGAAGUGGAGGACUGGGCAGCCUGGGGGCACUAACUGGAGGCAGUGCUGUUGGGGUCAGAGGUGGAAGUCAGUGCUCCAGCUCUGAGUCACUGGAUGGAGGAAAAAUGUCCCUGCUGCCGCUCUCUCCUGAGGUCAGGGAGGCUAUUGAGAGUGUCAAAUACAUAGCAGAGAACAUGAGAUUACAAAAUGAAGCAAAGGAGGUUCAAGAUGACUGGAAAUAUGUUGCCAUGGUUAUUGACAGGAUCUUCCUGUGGGUUUUUGUUCUCGUGUGCAUUCUGGGAACAGCUGGCCUCUUCCUCCAGCCUCUAUUAGUAGGGGAAGACAUUUGAAUCAGUUUGACAAAACUAAUACUCCAAACUGUUAUAAAUAAGAUUUUUGUCAUGGCUCAGACAGAGAAAACAUACAGCGGAUACAAAGUCAAGAAGAACAGAUGACUGUCUGCCAAAUGCUGAUGAAAAUGCUUUAUUGACUCUUUUCACAGACAGAGUAGAUUAUGUUUGUUUGACAAAGUGGUUUAAGGACUCUCCAAUGCCGAGACCAUGGUGGUUAGUCAUUUCAUUGUGUACCAAAUCGUUCUGCAGAAAAUGGCGAUAUAAUCUAUAAUGCCAAGGCAACAGCCUUGAAGAAUCAAAAAAUUAAAUCUAUUGAAUUUGAAGCACCCAAUUUCACAUUAGGCAAGUAUGUACAUACGUUCAUAAAUGC